CAGCAGCUCCUCCGGCGGCCAGACGGUGCCGCCGCCGCCUCUGCUUGCGAAGGGCCCGCACCACGGCGCCCCGGAGGCGGACGCGGCGAGCAGCUCGUCGAGCGGGAGGCCGUCCGUGCUGACCCCGCCAGCGCUGCGCGCGGCCGCUGGCGCGGGCGCCCUGGGCGCGGACGGGGCGUCGUCCUUCCGCACCAGGUGCCUCGCGGACGCCAUGCACGGGAAGUGCGACAUCGACGCGGCCAUGGAGGCCUGGGGGACCGAGCUGCGCAUCGACACCGAGGACGUAGAGAUCGGCGAGAGCAUAGGCACGGGCUGCACUGCUCAGGUUUUCAUUGGCACUUGGCGGGGCCAGGAGGUGGCCGUGAAGCGGCUGCCUACGGACGAGAAGAUGACCCCCUUCUUCGUCCGGGAGCUGGGCGUGAUGUCUCGCACGCGGCACCCGAACCUCGUCCGGCUGCUGGGCUUCUGCCACGGC